GACCUCAAAUCCUACUUUUGCACCGAGAACUAUUGAACAGCACGAACGUGAUCUGAUGACUGUUCUGGGUAACGGGAAACGCCUCCACGGAAUUAAAGGCCCUUCUCCAUUUUUGGCUCUUUUGGAUUUUGAUUACGUCGAGGCGCAAGUACCGGAUUAUCUGCAUUGUGUCUGCCAAGGAGGAAUUAAAUUUCUGGUGGACUUAUGGACUUUGACCAAAUAUUUUAAACAACCUUGGUACUUGGAUGAAAAAAAAAAAAAAAUUUAGAUGCUCGUCUGAAGCAAAUGAAGCCACCUUAUGAGAUAACACGGACGUCCAGCUCAUUGUCUGAUAUAGGUCAGUGGAAAGCAUCCAACUUCAGAGCUUUUGCUUUGUACUACUUCUUAGCGCUUGAAGACCUCCUGCCGAAGGUGUAUUUCGAUCACUUUCUGUGCCUCACAUAUGGAAUUCAAGUUUUGUUACAAGAGGAGGUAACAGUUAACCUCGUUCAAGAAGUGGAUUUCCUUUUUCAACACUUCGUUCGUGAAGCUGAAGUUUUAUAUGGACAUCAAAACAUGCGUUUCAAUUUCCACUUGAUAACGCAUUUAGCUCGUGCUACGCUAAAUUGGGGAUGCAUUUGGAGCUGGUCGACCUUCAUUCCAGAGUGGUUCAAUGGCGUUUUGGUGUCAUCGACUAAUGGGACACAGUGCGUACCAGAGCAAAUGGUGAAAAAUCUUCUCAUGAAAAAAGCUUUACGUUCGGAUGCAAUUACUCUAAUGUUAAAGUACAACUUGCCGCAAAACAAAUCAGUACUGCUUAAAGACUUUCUCAACAUUUCUCACCAUGAUUUACUCAGUUCAUUAGAUAUUGACUCGUCCGUCUUUAAUUUGAAAGUUCUUGGAGUUCCGAAGAAAAAAUUAGCAAGCAAAGAAUGCCAAUCCGCGAUUCAAAAUUAUUUCUCUUCCGUACGUGAGCUGGCGCCUUUAAACAUCAAAAGCUAUUACUCUUACAAAAGACUUCUUUUUGGAAAGAAAGCAAUAUUCACAACUACGAGUUACACUCGUUCACCAAAACGGAUUAACUAUUGCGCUUACAUGAAAAAUGAUGUGUUCUUUAUCAUCGAAGAAAUUGUUUCCUUCAAUUUGGAAGCUCAUGAUGCUACGGGAGACGUUUUCUUACUCGGUCGAAUCAUGGGGUCCAUCUCUAAAGAAAAGUAUUCUCCCGCUCCAAAAUGUUUAGAAUCCCUACAUUUUUGUAAUUUACCUGGACAGUCUACAAAAUGCGUUGGCUUGUCAUCGACUCUUGUUGCAUUCAGUGCAAGUGAUAUCAUGAAAAAAGCUGUAAUUGGAUUUCGUAAUUGCCUUACUGAAACUUACGUUGUACCUGCCCUACCCAAUUCAGUUGAAACAGAUUGAAUACAGUAAAUUUAAAAUC